UUCACAGUUCACAACUGAACAACUGUCGAUGUUUGCGUCAAAUGCCGUACCGGCUUGCCGAAAUUGUAGGAUUUAUGUAACUGUAAUGCGUGUUAGGAAAAUAUUCUGCUAGUAGAUUUUGAGUGCGGUGUUCUCAUUUUUCUGAUGUAUUCAAUUUAAACCAAAGUAAUUAACAUUGAUUGUUUAGUUCAGAGGAAUUUUAUAGUGUUUACUAGAUUACCUACCGCUUUAUUACCUAAGUCUAAUAGAAACGUGCAGUUUAAUUCAUAUUUGUUUCGAGUAAACAUAUCGUGGUUUAGGAAUAGCAAUGUUCGAAUGGGCCUAUAGUGGCGUAGACUCAUCCGUUCCAGGAAAUGGGGGGGUCGAAUGCGCCUCAUUUCUGUCUGCUCGCAGGCGUAUAGUGGAGACUGUAGUAGUUGUUAUUUUUGCGCUAGUCCUGAUAUCGUGGGGCUUCAAGAGCCUAUCCAUUCCUAAGGAUGAUUUUUAUCAGCCUAAACGACGGGGGAACUUAGUGCUGGUUCUCGUGUGCAUCAUUUGGGGCAUAGAGAUUGGUUUCAAGUUGGCCUCCCAAACUGUGAUCUAUUUGUUGAAUCCUUGCCAUGUCACCACUGCAGUGCAGUACAACCCCGGAACCAAGCGCCAAAGUUCGGAGUGGGACACCUCAAACUCCCUACGACCCAAGAAAGCGAGAAUUGUGAAGUCCAAGAUCUACCUGCUGGCGGCGGCGCCCAGCCGGGCCGUGACGGUCCUGUUCCGGCUGCACAUGAACUUCCUGAACGGCGCCGUCCUGGCGUGCGUGUUCCCCGUCACCGAGUCCCGGCUGCUUCCAUGUGAAACCUCUAUAUAUUGGAUCCAGCAUGGAAUGAUGAUGGUAGUGCCUUACUACUUAAUACGCUUAGGAGGUCCUUAUAAUGUGGAGAGUAUACUUGACAUGAGUUGGUGUUCUCUGGCGUAUGGAAUCAACCUUCUCUAUCAUUUUGUGAUACUCCAGGCUGUUGCGAUACCGACCGAGGUGAACCUCAACAACAUGCUGUGCCCCGCGACCUCGGACCCGUUUCGCGGCCAGUCCUACCGGGCGGUGGCCGUGCUCCACCAGGCGCUGCUCUGCCCCGUCACCUACAAGCUGUGCUGCUGCGCGGCGUCGCUGCUGGCCCCGCGCCGGGACGACGAUGCUGCCACCGCCAACGGCCGCCUGCGCGGCGAGUGAGGCCCUGGUCCCAAGCGUCUGCUCUCCGGGACACGUCACCUUAACCUCGAUGCCUGGCAGAUGUGCGAUGCUCGGUUCGGGAACAGCUGCCUGGAAUCAGGGCCACCGUUUGCUAAGUAACAUACACACGCAAAUGAAGGUGUUUUGAAGAAAACGUCGUGAACUGAUAAUCAAGCCAAAAAUAACUGCAGACGUGAAUUCCGUUUGCGUUACUCCGUGCGACCGAUAGUUGUCGAACAUUUUUUGGCCGUGGCUGUAGCCGUGCAUGUUUACGUUUUUAAAAUACGUGAAAAUGUUUUUUUUUUUAAGUAUAAGAAAAACUGGGUUUCUGUAUUACUUUGUAGUGUAUAUUUAUUAUAAUGUAAUUUCUAAUUUGUUCUUGGAUCUUUUAUUUUUUUUUCAGUUAAAUUGUUAGUAACCGUGAGGUUCAAUCUCAUUGGUUGCCGGUUUUUACGUUUCCGUGUCUUUGUAGAACAGUUUCAGAAAAAGGGGGUUGUCUGUAAAGUCUGUUUACGGACGAUAAUUUCACGUGAUAACGUCAUAAGAAAACAUUGAUGAAAAUUUUUGUACUUUUUUAAUUUUCAAAUAUUAUUUAUACAGUUUUUUGCAAAUUUAAUUUAAAUAAUUUGUUUAAAUAUAUUCAGGAACAAUUAGUUAAAAAGCCUGCCUAAAGCCUGUUUGAUGUUAUAGAAGAUUUUCUUGCACGGCGGUUGGCUGGUUCUUGCACGCUCGGCUCAGGCGAAAUGUGACAAUUUUUCGUGCGUGCAGCUGGCGUUCAACAAUUUAUAAGUCGUUAUCACGUCAAAAAUUACGCAGAAUAUGUCAUGGGCAGAAUUUAGAUGUGCAUUAAAAAUAAAUAACAAAGUAAUAAUAGAACAAAAGAUAUUCUUGUACUUGAAACAAUUUUUAAAGUAUUCAGAACAUAAGCAAACAUGGCUACCAAGUUUCUAUUGGUCGCACAGAGCAACGUAAACAUAAGAGCUCAGCAUUGCCGAGUCUGUCUCCGUCUGCCUGUCGUUGUAGAACACACUGUUCCAUGAGAUCCAUCUCCGUUUGCGUGUGAUUGUAGAACGGGCCUUUGAACUGUCAAGAGAGAGAAAUAUUCACGAAAAACUAACCUGUUUAGUUCACUUGGUGUAAUUCUGUCACGUGACAAAUUUAUUGCUAACCAGAAGGAGUAUUCUUUAUUACAGAUUUUGAAUUUUCUCAAUUCAGAAACAAGUCUUAAUUUGCAAGCUGUAAUCUUUUAACCAGACAAACAAUUAGUUUUUAAGACUGUCUUCACUAAUUAAAAAUGGUUUGUUGAAUGCAUAACCAUAAAUAACAAUAUUUUAUUUUCAUCACAAAUGAAAUUUUUAUUUUUUUAUUUUAUUUUUAAUUUUGUCACCAUAUGGUUUGUAUAAUAGUUCCCAUGAUCUCAUUAAACAAUGGAACUACUUUUUUUGAAUGGUUUUUCCAUUGUAGAAGAUUGAAUCAACAUACUAUUAUGUUGAACAUAAAUAAUGGUGUUAUGUUAAGGAAACGACUUCUGGUAAAGGUAUUCAUAUAAGUAUUUGUUUAUGAUUUCUCUUGCUCUUUUGUGCUCAUCAUUUGCUAUAUUUUACUUAUAUUUGAUCAUGUAAAGAUGCCAGAUAUUGAACACAGGUAAACUAUCUGGGUAACUUUAAUGAACAGGUAGAGUGAGCUUUAACUCUGAUUGAGAUAACCUUGUAAGGUUUUUAAAAGUGCCUAUGAAGGAAUGUAAAUAGUGACAUGUUUGUUUAUGAGUAUGGUACUUACUCCAACACACAUGCUUGUGUUAAAAUGAUAAAAUACAGUUUUUUUUUAUCAUAGUUUGGACUUAUUUAAAUGCACUAGUCACGGAAAAUGAAACAUGUACUACAGUGAAAAUCACUUGACAAAGUGAUAUUUGAUUUUUAUAAACUUAACAACAAAAGCUUUCAAUGUAGGGGUUCAAAUUUUUUACUGCACAAGUAAUAGAUUCGUGGUACCAACAUUGAAAAGCUUGUCUACCGAUAGGACUCAAAAUCUUAUGUAGUGGUCUGUACAGUAACACAUUCUUAAGGGUGCAAGUUUCAAUGGAGUAAGUGUUUAUGGUAUCUAGUGUCAAGUUCAUUUAAAUAUGUUAUGAAUGAAAUUAACAACUUCAGGUUUAAUAUUUUUUUGCAAACAUGCAAGCUAGUUGGAGAAGCACAUGUGAACAGAUGAACAGAUACGCGUGUCAUCGUUUACGUUGGCUGAGUUUCGACGGCUUGGCGGGCAAAUGGUACGUCCAAGAGUGGGUCUGUCUACAUCAUCGUUAUUCUAUGCUCACGACACAGCUGUGAUUACCUGUAGUUAACAAAGCCGCUGCAGUAUCGGCAACCAGUCUGUAGAGCGUAGUGAUAUCAAGGAUUGGAUGAAGCUGCCAGUUUGGGAGCAGGGUGUCCGCAAGGAAAAAAUAUUUCGUACCAACUUAGGCGAGAAAAAAGUACUAGAUUUGAAAAAAAAAGUACUAAAUUAUAAUUUGUUAUGGUUUUUAACAAUUUAGGAAGUUAUUAUGACAUUGCAAUGCUCGAACUUAAAUAUUGCACCACACACACAUACAUUCCAUAGUUUUUAAAAAUAAUUACGCUUAAUAAUAAAACAUAUUGGAGUUACUAUAUUAUUAUUAUAUUAAAGGAAAAAGUAAUAUAUCUGAGCGUAAAUGUACUAGACCACUAAAAAAGUUAUAAAAGUACUAGAUCUAGUACGAAAGUACUAAUUGUGGACACCCUGUUUGGGAGUAGUGUCGAUGGCAACCAUAAUUUCUGGGGAAAGGAAAAGUGCUGUUUCAAUUAUUUAUAUUAUGUAUUAGGCCGAGUCAGCAACAUAACUUUAUUGUAGGAAGGCUCUGGAUAAAUAUGCUUCAAGAAAAUACAUUAACAUUUGCUGGCAUUGAAACCACAAACCAUGUAAUGUCACUUUGUUUUUGAACAAACAAGCUCAACGCAACUGUUAAAACUUCAAUUUGUAAUGAUUUAUUUUUUUGGUGAUUAGAUAAAUUUUUUUUUGUAAAUGUAAUAUGAACUUUAUAAAACUUAAAUAUGAGAUAUGUAUGGCUCAAGAAUUUUUCUUACUUGGUACGCAGGUUCUUAUGUUUGUGCUUACGUGAACACAUCUUGACAGGCUGUACAUAAAAGAAUAUGAAUUUUGCAAUUCAAUGGUUAGAAAUAACAAUUUUUUUUUUUAUUCAGACCAAUUCAAAGUUUGAAACAAGCAGUGUUGGUUUGGAUGAAAGUUUCAAAGCAACCUUUGUGUUGGAUGGCGGUGCAGAGAAGGACUGUGCUAUUUAAAUUUUGAGCUUGAACUAUUACAAGUCUGGACUCCUUACCAAAUAAAUGUGAGGCGCUAUAUCAUUGUAUAUUUCAGGACAGUUUUCCCAGACUGCUUCUAACGGCACUCACUUGUCCUUGGUGGCUCGCUAUUCAAACACCGAUUGGCCGCCCCACACGUAACUAAAGCAAGUAAGGCUGUGAUGUAUGGGACUCAAGUGGAUGUAGCCACAUUAAUGGUGCUAACCAGUAUUUCUUAAAUAAAUUUCUCAAUAAUUUUUAACAAAAAAAAAGUGGGCUAGUUACCACAUAAUUUUGACAAGCGUACUGGCAGUAAAAUAUGUGACUUACAUUUCUUAAGUUGCGAAUGAAAUCCAGAGUUGAGAAGAAAGCAGGUACAUUUCCUUACAUGCCUUCGUGUAAGGCCGGCCGCACACCGGAUACGGCGCGGCACGGCACGGCGCGGCGUUUUGCCGUAAGGCGCCGCAUGCGAUGUGGUUUGUAUUGCUAUCAAUGGAGGUGCCGCACACUGCAUCGUGCACGGCAUGGCGCGGCGAGGCGGCGCCGCAAGGCGCCUUGUACUGCCUUGUCAAGUUUCGUCUUUCGGGCAAGAGGCUUGAUGCAAAGCGUUCUGCGCAUGCGCGAGAAUCGUAGUUGAGAGGCAGUGGUAGUGGCGUGUAGCAGUUGUUUGUCUGUCAAACGAAAAUGGCAAGCCAGGAGGAUGAUGUUGAUGCAGUUACUAGUGUUGAUGUUGACAGGUUGUUGUUUUAUGUACAAAACAACCCACCAAUUUACAAUACAUCGUUAAAGGAACACCAUAAUGUGGACGUCAUCUCAAAAAUUUGGAACGACAUUGGCAAAGAGCUGAGUGUACCAGGUAAAUGUUGUUAUACGCCUGUCUUUAGUACUAUCUGUUGUGCGAGUAUUUUAAUAGUAAGAUAGUUCAACAACGAAAUAUGCUAAGAAUUUUCCCUGUAAGUUUUAAGCUAGGCCUAAUAUUAGCACUUGUUAUUGUUGCAUAGGCCAAAAAUGGCUACAAGAAACUUCUGUCUGUCUGUCUGUCUGUCUCUUUGUCCUACGAUAACGGCUAAACGCGUUGACCGAUUUUUAUAUUUUGUUGCAUGUAUGUUCCUUAUACCUAAGCGGAUCGAUGUAGAUAUAAGACUUUUACUUUCUCUCGUCCGUUUUAAGAUAGCGGCCAGUUUUAUGACGUCACUACAAGAAAACAUCACCUUAAAAUCACUGAAACAAUUAAAAAUAACCCACUUCCCGAUAUCGUAGAAACUUGAAAUUUGAAAUGUGGGUUCUCCUCUAUAUUUGGACUGGAAAAAAAAAUCACAAAAUUGAACAUUUUUAUAGUGCGGGCUGUUAUGUGGGGCUGAAAAUACCCUUGCAUCCUUAAGAUUACAUGUUAAUUUUGAUACUACUGUGAGUUUUAGGUUCCUCAAUAAAUAAAGCGGCAAAAUUUUACCAAACUGAGCGCUCACACUUGUAAACCCUAACACUUAUUUACGACAUAAAACAAUAUCUUUUUUAGUGACCCUAGUUUUCAAAAAACCAAUAUGGCGGCAAAAAAAAACAAUAUUUGUUGUUUGUUGACCGAUUUUGAUGAAACUAUGUUUCACGCUGUAUUUUUGGUCGCUAAAACGAAUAUGAUGUAAUUUCUUUUGAAAUUUCAAAAUUCAAUCUGCCAAAAUCCAAAAUAACGGCCGAAAAUCGAUUGUGGCUACCGAAAUUCAAAAUUUAAGUAUGUUUAUUGACCGAUAUUGAUGAAACUUACUGCAUAUUGUAAGACAUUAAGAAUAAAAUAACAGCAACAUUAAUUCAUUCAGAAAUAGUCAUACUUUAUUUAACACAUCUUCUAUACAUAAUACAGUCAAUAACAAAUCAUGUUGUUUAUACAAAAGCCAUUUGGUCUUGCCAUGGUACUGAACCUUCAGUGUUGAAGUAUUCUUUAAAGUUCUCUCUGAUGUUGUAAGCAGCUUUAGCUGCUCUUGCCCUCGAAGUCUCUUGUUUAUUGUCACACUCAACUUCAAUGUUCAUCAUUUCGUCAUACACCUGACUCAUAGUACCCUCUUUUACUCUAAUUACAUUGUGGAGAACGCAACACGCUAACACAAUGAUUUUUGUCUUAUCUGGAUGAGUUAACAUAGCCAAUUCGAAAACACGAAAUUUCUUCGCCAUCAUACCGAAAGCACAUUCAACAAUUCUACGUGCUCUAGAUUGUCUAUAGUUGUAUAUCCUUCGUUCUCGUGUCAAAGAAUUCUUGUUGAAGGGGGUCAUCAUGUGUCUGCUGAGGGCAUAGGCUUCAUCCGCAACAAAGACAUAGGGAAAAUCAGUUGUCUUUGUCUUAAAUAAAGUUUUGGGCUUUGGUAAGUUCAGUUUUUCAUCGUUAAACAAACUACCAAAUGUUGAAGAAUUAAAUACACCUCCAUCACUGUGUUUUCCAGCUUCUCCAACAUCGACUGCUACAAAUUUACCUUCCGCGUCAACAAUAGCUUGUAGAAUAAUAGAGUGGUAUGAUUUGUAAUUAAAGAAUAAUGAGCCACUAUUCCAUGGGGCUUCAAUGCGUACGUGCUUGCCAUCAAUAGCACCGCAACAAUUUGGAAAAUUCCAUAGCUCUUCAAACCUCACUGAUAUUUCCUUCCACUUCUCUGGUGAUGGAUCAGUCAUUAGGAACAUUGGAGACAUUACGGACCAAAUGGCAGUACAUGUUUCUGCUACAAUCUUUCCUGCAGUAGUAGCGCCAACUCGAUGGUUGAAAUGCAUAUACUGGAACCGAUCACCGGUUGCAAGAAAUCUGUAAAAAAGGACAAGAUAAUAGAGUUGCUUACAAUUUUUCCCACAAUUAAAUAUUACAAAUAAUAUUGUUAAGAUGUGGAAUUGAUUUGUUUCAGUAUGGAAAAUAAGUUUACCACUUUUAUUUUAUUUAGUGCUCUUUCGUAACUUCUGGUUUCUUUUUAGGUAACACAUGCAAGAAAAAGUGGACCAAUCUACGUGGCUCAUACGUUAGAUACGUAAAGGAGUUGAAAAAGACACCCAGUGGUUCCAAGCAACAAAAGAAAAAGUGGCACUUAUUUGAUGCUAUGAGCUUCCUCCAACCUUGGAUUGGUACUACGCGGAAAAUGACAGGUAGUUUAGAUGACUUUUUGCAAAAUAACACCGAUGUGACCCAAGACAUAUUAAACGAAUCACAAGUACAGGGAGAGGUUGAAGACGAUCCUCAACCACUUAUUGAAAAGCAAAACAACUUUAACCCCUCAAAAAAACAAAGAAGAACUACAGCAGAUAUAGUGGCUGCACCAAUGGUGGAAUACCUAAAAACUGUCACAGAAAAACGUAAAGCUGGAGAGGAAAAUUCUGAUAGUGCAAUGUUAACAUUUUUUAAAAGUUUAGUGUCCGAAGCCGAAACGCUUUCUCCAAAAAGACAACGCCUCUUCAAAUCAUCGGUCAUGGCAAAAUUGCAUAGCCUGUUGGAGGAUCAAGAUAGUGAGCAGAGUCGCUACACUCCGUCCCCUGCUUCAGUGGCUUCGUCCUCAAGCUCAACGUUGAACCAUCAGUUCUUUCCUCUGAUUAACCAGUUGCAUGGCGUAAACUAUAAUGAUGGUACAACUCACGGUGAACAAUAUCAUCAAUUUCCAUGAUUGACCACAAAUAUUUUGUAUUGUUUUCUCAAUAAAAAUAGCAUUUGUAACGUUUGAAACCUGGCAUUUUACUACCCGAGGUUGUCACAGGUUAUUUUAUACAUUUUAAGUAAUUAUUUGUUUUUUAGGGGAUACUACAUGAACGAAUUAUAGUUAACAAAUUGAAUAAUGUGCAGUUAAUAAAAAUAAUCUUACCUUAAUGUGAUCAGUAGUCGUUCUUCUGGAGUUAUGCUCAGCCUAUAGUUGGUGUUUUGUUUUUGGAUGGAUGGAGAAAUUAAUCCAAGAAUGAAAUCAAACGUUGCCGGUUUCAUACGACAAUAAUUAUAAAACUUUUCCGGAUCUGCUCUUAGCUCAGCAAUAAACAGUUUUAUGUUACGUCUUUCAUUGAUAGGAUGCACCCAGAUUUGUCUCUUGGGGGAAUCAUCUAUUGACUUUAGGAAGUACCACAACGCUAUUACAGUCGCCUCUUCUUCUUCUGCGUUCAUUUUCACGUGUCACAGACUGAAAACUGAUUUCACGAAAUAUGUAUCAAUCUAUCAAACACACAGGUUCACUUGUCUGAAUUCUUCAAUCCACUGAGCGUCUGCUCAAAUUGCUUUCCCGCGCCGUGCCGCGCCGCGUGCUGCUCUUAACCAUCGGGCGCGGCGCGGCAAGGCAAAACGUCUCGCCGCGCCGUGCCGUGCCGCGCCGUAUCCGGUGUGCGGCCGGCCUAAGUCUUCACCAAAUUAAUUAUAUUGUUAUCUUACCUUUGUACAUUAAGGUAUAAAGUUUCUACUAAACAAAUAAAAAAAAGUACAUACGAACAUUUAUGCAAUAAUUUUACUGGGUGAUUUAAAGUUUAAAAGCUCAAACUGGCAACUUCAUUCAUUGUUCUCAAAUGUUUUAGGCUGUUUCGAACCCAUGUAUGUGUUGGGAUAGUUUAAAGAUUUUUAGCAUGUAUUAGUAUACUAAAGAAUUUUCAGUUACUUGUACCAUAUUGGUAUUUGAAACAAUAAUUCAACCCUCCAGUUAUUCAGGGCAGUAACUUUUUUUUCUAGUUAGGAAUUUUAGGUUACCAGUACAAGACUUAUUCUUUGCUUCAGUAACAGAGUUACCAUAUUAAAAGACUAAGGCAUAGAAAAGACAUAAGUUUUAUUUUAUGAUAUUAAGAGUUUAUGCAGUACUGCCAUUGAGUUAAAUGUUUUUGUGCUGUGGUAAUGUUGUACAAAAAACUGGAGAAUGUUUCUGCUUGUAAACAAUUUACUUACUCCAGUUACCCUGUAUUAGGCAUAGGUUAGUGAUACAUAGAAGUAAUUUUCUCCUUGCAGCAUUUGCCAUAAUGAUAAAGAUGUGGAAUAAUCUCUUUAUAUUUCCAUUGAUAUUAAACAGUAUCUUGGUGUAAACAGCUUAUAGAUUUAUAACUAGCUGCUGAUAUGUUAUCUAUAAUUGUAACAGAAAGUUCCAGUUAUAUUUCUACACUACAAUAUUUACAUUUUCUGUGAAUUGGUAUGUUCCAUCUGGGCCAAACUGUGAAAUGAAGAAAUAACCUUGUUUUUCUACCACAACUCCGUGCACUUUACUUGUGCAAAUGUUAAGGUGACAAAGAUAGCUAUGGAACAUGUUUUACUGAUUGUCUGCUUGGUUGUACACUAAUGAAUUAAAUAAUGAAUAAUUUUUAUGUAGUACUAGCAAGAAUAUUUCUAACAUUAAUUUAAAAAAAACCUUAUUUCUUACAAAUCAAUUAAAUAUAUUACUUUCUAUGUUACAAACAGUGACUCUCUUCUUUGUCUUUAUUUGUCACUUGUUAGAUCUAAGUUAGAAUAUUGUUCAGUUAUUUGGAAUUCAAUUAAUGCUUCCGAUAGCAUUAAAUUAGAAUCCAUUCAGAAUAAAUUUUAUAAAAUAAUUAAACUUAAAAACUUCUCUCAGCUUACAAUAGAUUCUCUUUCUGAACGCCGUAUCUAUCUGGAUUAUGUAUUUAUUAAAAACUGUUACUGUUCAAAAUUGAAUUGUAAGUUCAUUCUUGAUAAUACUGGCAUUAGAAUUCCCCAAUUUAACAGCUGUUUAACAUCUACCCUAUGUAGGUACAUACCAUAAAAAGAAUGAUAUAAUUUUUCGACUCAUUUCUAAUUUCAAUAAAAUUGAUAAUCUUUAUCUGUAAAAGUGAUGUAAUGUAUUUUUUUAAAUUUUUUUUUACAUAAGCCUGCAAUUAGUAAUUUUAUUAUAAUGUUUUGUAUUUCUUUUUAUGCAUUUUAUAUUUUGAUGUUUAUUUUUAAUAGUUAUAUUUUAAACUUUGUUUGUUUGUAUUUUGUUUGUAUUGUUUAUAUGUUGUCCUUGUAUAUAUGUAUCGUGCCCGCCGCUAAAGCCCUCGGCUGUUGGUAGGCAUGUUACAACAUUAAUAAAUAAAUAAAUAAAAUAAAACCAACUGAAAUAGAGCACAGCUAAAAUGGAACUGUGUAAUGACAGUGGCACUUCGUAAUUCUGCGACACUAGCAGAUGGCCUAUUUUCAACAUGUUGCCCGGUUCUUGAUGGAUUCUGUUGGUUGAGGGAGUUACUCUCCAUAGUAUGGAUUCAUUUACCAUUGUCUGGGCUUAUGUCUUAAGGUAGUUGCAAUUGUAAAACUCCUUUCCUUACUAAUUCUUUACACACUUAAAUUAAUAAUCUGCAGUUAUCUUUGUUACGUGUUUAAAAACUAUUGUAAUAUGUUUUGGAGGACCUUCUUUUCUGUUCAUUCUCAUUUGCUCAUUUCUUUUAAAAAAAUUAAGAGUGUUACCGUUAUGGGUUAUUAGAAAAAGUUGGUAAGUACAGUUUCUGAAAUCUGGUCUUUUGUAAUAACCGAGGCAAAGAAUAUAAUCUCUGUGUCCGAAAUAAGUUAGGAAGUGUAAAGAAAAUUUUGUAUGGAUGUUACAUUAUUCAUUUUUAAUUUUUGUCAAGUACAAUUAUGUCUCAUUUCUCUCUGUUGUUACAACCUUCUUGCAGUAAUGAAAUACACAUCACAUUUAUAGUUCCUAAU